GCCGACGUCCCCACGUUCUUUAAGUCCAACAUGGCGGCCACCAGUGGUCCUCGCGUGGAGGGGGGCUUCUUGGGGUUCAACGCGUCGUCCAAAUGCGGACGGAAGGGAACGGAGAAGAGGAAGCGGCUGAACAGGAAUAAGAAGAAGAACUGGAAGCGGCACAGCGAUGUCCGGGAUGUGGAGGACUUCCUGGAGGACGUGCGGUUGCAAGAGAGGACUGCGGGUGGUCUGCUAGCCGAGAAGGAGGAUGAGAACUUGUUCUUUGUGGACACUGGCAAUAAACAAAAAGAUUCGAAGGUCAACAAACAUGUAAAGCCCUUGAGGAUAGACCUAAUUUUACAGCCAGAUUCUAAAGUACCUGUACCCAAAGAUGUUUCCUCUCACCAAAUACCCAAUGGGAAGAAGCUUAAGAGGAAACGGGAGCGCGUAGCGAAACAAGAAAAGCAGGGGAUUCUUCCUCGAUCAGAGAGACUUCUGAGAGCACAGCUAAACCAGACCAAGACAGACAAACCGGAGGCCAACAACAACCCAUCCCGGGGAUUCUAUGAUCUCUGGGGAAACAGCAAUCCCUUGGACUCUGCUCUGGAAGGAAAAGACCAAUGGUAUCUAGAACAGACCAAGAAGAGCCGUGUUAAGCGUCCAGAAAGACUAAACAAGAAACCAUCACAGCUACCUGCGGUUGAAGUUGCUGCUCCUGGGGCCUCCUACAACCCAACAUUUGAGUCACACCAGGUGCUGCUUCUUGAGGCUCAUGAGUUGGAAGUAAAGAGGCUGAAGAUAGAGGAGAAAUUGGAGAGACAGCUAAAGCUCCCUGCUGGGGCUGAGCUCCCAACAGAGGAGACCCGCCUGCAAGAACUUUGUGAGGGUCUGGUGGAGGAGUCCGAUGAUGAAAUUGAAGAGAAGGAGAGCACGGAACAGCGAUAUAUAGUCUUUCCUCAGAGAGAACGAAAAACAGAGCGCCAGAAGAAGAAGCAGAAAGAGGCCAAAUUUCUGAAAUUCAGCCAAGAAACUGAGAAAACGGAGAGACUGCGACGUCAGAGCCUCUUCCAGCUGAAGUCUCUCUAUGCAUCACUGAAGACUAGACAAGCCGAGCUCUUAAGACGCAAGAAGCUUCGGGAGGAGAAACGCAAAUUACAGGCCUUGCAGCCGCGGCGGCUCGGUCGCCUCAAGUACCAGGCGCCCGAUAUUGAUGUACUUCUGAGUGAAGAGCUUACAGACUCCCUGCGGAAGUUAACGCCUUCGGGAAGCCUUGCCAAGGACCGAUUCAAAAGUUUCCAGAGGAGAAAUCUCAUUGAACCAAGAGAGAGAGCCAAGUUCAAGCGAAAGUUGAAGGUAAAAUAUGUGGAGAAGCGGGCAUUCCGGGAGAUCACGUUGUAGUCAACACCGUGGACCCAUUUCAGCACCUGGCCUUGGCAUGGGGCUUUCUAUUUAUUGUGGACGUCGUGAAAGCUUGGCUUGGAAGCUGCUACAGUUGUGACUGAGCCCAGACAUGCCUCUCUUUCCUGCAUUGUAAUUCUGUCUAUUGGAUUAACCAGAUUCAUUAGACUCAGGCCUCUGGUUUACGUGUUUAUCCAAACUGAAUUAUUUCACAUUAGACGCUGUCAAUGUGAUGUCUGCUUAACUCCACCACAGGUCACCAUAAUCUAAUCAAAUUCCUCCUUAUACUCCAUCAUUGAGAAUAAGCCACUUUCAGGACUACAGCUAGCCAAAAGACCUAAGAAAAAAGUCAGACGUGCAUGCACCAUCUGCUAAUAGUGCUUACUUUUCAAAGAUCUUCCCGUAAACACACUUGCUGGUAUCUCGCACAAUUUUUUUGUGUUCCCACAGAAGGGUCAGCCACGUAGUGCUUGGGAAGUCCUAACAACUCUAAAGAUCCAAUACAGGUCUUGGCCUUUUACCCUGAAAUUGGUUGGUAGUCUGCACAUGUAGACAUGAGGAUAAUUAUCUGAUCUGACAAAGUUUUUAACUUGAGUGAGGAUGUCUGUGAUUUGGGCCCCACUGUGUCAGAUCUCUAACCUGAGUUCAUCAUAUUUAUGCAUAGAAAUCCUCCCCAUAAAACUUCUUGGGUAUUUGGUGAACAAUGUUCAGGUUUCUGUUUCCCAGUACGAAAAGACAACUUAUUUUUCUGUGCAGAAUAAACAAAUUUAUAAAAUAC